AUGGCUGCCCUCAGACACCUCAUAAAGCCCAAGUUCAUCAAAAAGAGGACCAAGAAGUUCAUCCAGCACCAGUCAGACCAAUAUGUCAAAAUUAAGCAUAACUGGAGGAAACUCAGAGGCAUUGACAACAGGGUGCAGAGAAGAUUCAAAGGCCAGAUCUUGAUGCCCAACUUUGGCUAUGGGAGCAACAAGAAAACAAAGCAUAUGCUGCCUAGUGGCUUCCAAAAGUUCCUGGUUCACAAUGUCAAGGAGCUGGAAGUGUUGCUGAUGUGCAACAAAUCCUACUGUGCUGAGAUUGCUCACAGCAUUUCUUCCAAGAACCACAAAGCCAUCUUGGAGAGAGCAGCCCAGCUGGCUAUCAGUGUCACCAACCCCAAUUCCUGA